AUGCGUAGUCCAGGGGCCCAAGACAUUCUUGUCUCCGAGAUCCUGGUCGUCGUAGCAAUAGCCCUCGUUGCAGCCCGCCUCAACCUUCGUCUUCGAAUACAAAAGCGACGACUCCUCCUCAGCGAUAAAUUCAUGGUAGCGGCAUGCAUAUCUGGUGUCAUGGCUGCUGCAUUUACUCCUGCGUUUGCAGCCCUCGGCGCCUUCGAUCCGAAAGUACACUCGACCUUGCAGGGAUAUAGCGGUAACAGGAGAAGACUUCGACUGACACUAAAGCUACUCUUUGCUUGUAAUUUUCCAUUCUACACGACACUUUACCUUUGCAAAGCCGUUUUAUUAUCGGUCUAUUUGCAAGCAUUCCCGGAGUUUAUGGUAAAGAGACGCAGAUUUCUUUGGGCGACCAUAUGGAUCACGGCAAUCAGUUAUGUUACUACUAUCAUGAUCAUCAUGUGCAACUGCCUCCCACUAGCACGACACUGGGAUUUGGAUUCCGACAUGACAUGCAAAGCUUGGACUUACGCAGUCAAUUUCAAUGUUGGCUGGGCGUUGUCGUUUCUUGGUGAUAUCCUAGUAUUCAUUCUUCCUUGGCUGAUUGUGCCAGCACUACAAGUCAAGAGAGCACUAAGACUUGGCAUCUACUUCACAUUCUUACUUGGAAGUGUUAACAUGGCGGUCAGCCUCGUUCGUUUCGUCAUGAUCUUCAAAGCAGGUGCCGACUCGUCUAUUUCACUCAGCACCAUUGUUCUAUGGAGUGCCCUAGACGUCAACAUGGGCCUCGUAAUCGCAUGUCUUCCCUCGUUGCGACCAUACUUUGGAUCACGCAAUCAGUCAGAAAAGCCAAGUUUCGAAAGCAGGAAUGAGGAGCGGUUCCGAAGACCAUCAAAGUUUGGACUUGAUACACUUCGACAUAAUUACAGAAAGUAUGAUGAAGAAGAAUCAUCAUCGUUUUCUGAACGACGGAAUACAGGAGAGACCUCGCACUGGGAGAACUAUGAUGUGAUCUCGGAUGAUGGCAGGAGAAGUUGCGCGGAGCUGAGUAACGUUGCGCUGGUAGAGCUGAGACUCCCGCCAACCGCCAAAGUGUCGGAGAUAAAGCUUUAA